GCUCUCUACCUCUCCUCGGCCUCGACCGGGCCUCAGGCGAGAGCCAUGCUGGAGGCGUCCGCAAGAUGGGGGUCCGGGGCGCGGGGCAAAGAACAGAUCUCGGUGCCUGUAUGCAAGGUCAAGUAUCAGCCCUUCCGCGAGGCAACUAGAGGCGGCGAAAAGAACCGGCGCCUUGGUGGUGGCUUGGCCGGGAAAGGAAGACGCGGUCACGGGGCCGGGGAGGGGGGCACCAGCGUGGGGGAUCACAACCGCCAGCAGCAGGAACCGCAAGAAAAGAUGUUUGCGUGCCACCUUCACCACUACAGGCGGAAGAAGAACAUCGAGAAAGCCGGCCCGCGUCAAGGCUGGCAGAGCUUCUCUGCGUUCCACGGGUCGGCCACGGCGGCCCCUCCUGAACAUUCAAGCGGCGGAGAGAGGCGAACGGGCACCACAACGGCAGCAGCGGUUGCCGCCUGCGAGAGUCCGUCAGAGGGUCGCUCCGCCGCAGGUUCUGUCCCGCAGGCUCCCUGCGACGAGGGGAGCGGUGGCUCCGGUGUUGUUACGGUUGGUGCUGGUCGGAGACCAACGACAGGGGUCGAGGGAGCUGCAGCUGCCGCUGCUGCUGCUGUUGUGGCAGAACCCGGCUGCCCCCCACCAAUCAAACGGCCAAGGGUUGAGCGAUAG